AUGUUCAUCGGUUUCUUGUUUGCAGCGGAUCGAGACGAAGCGAGCGACGAUGACUUGUUGUGCGACGAUUUCGAGAAGGAUCCCAAAGGAGGAUUGAAAUGCUAUCCCAUCGACAGGGAACGAAUUUCAUCGGGGAUCUACUGUUGCGAUCGCUUGCCAUCGAUAAAAUCGCUGCCCGAUAAGACGAUGAGUGUCGUUUGGUCGAUUGCUGGCACCGCGAAUCACCCGAAAUACUGCCACAACACCACGAACAACACAACCAACACAACCAACACAACCAACAAACCGGUCAACAUUUUUCGGCUUCGAAAAAUUGGCAACAACAUCACACCAUCGACGCUCAAACGACCAACGCCUAUGGUGCACAAUUUAGCAGCGCUAAAAACCACCACCACUACCCCGGAAAACGCCCGGCCGGCGUCGUUUUUCCUUAAACCCAUGUCCAUUCUCCGCUUGAUGCAUCAACACUUGCACAGUACGGUGAAACCGAAUCUCGAAGAAACCGAUUUCAAGUUGCCUGACGAUUUUCUCGUGAAGAAAAUGGAUACGGAAAUGAAAGAGAUGAAACCCACACCGAUGAUCGUCCCGUUGGCAUCAAUGCGACGACCGGAUGGACAUGUUUUUGGAGUUAAAGGCAUCGUCGCUCCUCGACGUGCUUCAACUGAUGUCUAUCGACAAAAGGUGCAAAAUGUUAAACAAGAGAUAACCUCCACCGACGAAGCGACGACGUUGGAAAGAAUUCGCUCGGCUAAGGGGAAAAUUCUCGCGAUGGAUGCAAAAAUCGAUCAGUUUUCACUGAUGUUGAAGACGACGAUCAAAGAUGAAGCAAAGCCGAGCAACAUUCUCAGCCGACAAUUCGAGCAGAUGAGCCCGCCGAGAAAGAAACCCUCCCCUUUUUACCGAACUCCACCACCGAACACAGUGCAAUGUCAGAAUUGUGGAAAUCAAGUCGCAAAAGUCGAACUCGUCUAUCACAAAGCGAAAUGCUCGGAGAAAAAUCUCCGUCUCCUCUCGCAUCGUCCUUGUCCAAGUUGUGGUCGAAUUUUCGUCAAAGAGGCCGAUUUUCUUCAGCAUGUGCACGAGUGUGAUCGAGGAUUUUACAAGGAUGGAAAAUAUGUUGGAAAAUGGCAGCUGAAACGGGCAUCAGUGCCGGUGAUUCGACAAGUAGUCGACCAGAAAAAUGUCGAAGAGGUUGAGGAUCCACUCACGAGCAUCUCGGUAACCGAAUUGAUUUCAAAAUUCCGCCAAGAUGCACUCAACGCUUUACAGCAACCGGAUAGACCACUUCUCUACCCGGAUCAGCUUCCAUUGCCGGAUGAGCAAAACGAGAUGCGCUGUGUGGUGACGAAAUGCACGGGAAUGCUCAAACCGAGAGCUGAAAGGAACAAAGCGGACCUGGGAAAGAGAUGGCGCUGCAAUUCGUGUGGACGUUUCUAUCGAUACGUGCGAGCUGGCGAUGAAAAGUUGAUCAUGGCAGCCGAAUGGGCAAGUCGACGAGCGACUCUUGCUGCUACUGCUUCUUCUUCGGCGGUUUCUUCUCCGUCUUCGGCUUCUUCUACGGCAACUCCUCCCGUCGUGAAGAAGCCAAUCAUCUCGCAAAUCAAUUACCGAAAGGCUCCGCCGCCAUUCGUGCGCUUGACGAGGACGGUGAAAUUGGAGGAAAAAGAGGAGAUCAAUGAUCGGGCUCCACUCUUGAUGCCCGAAAUGGAGACGAAAAUGAAUGUUGAAGAGGUGGAAGUGAGAAAGGAAAAAGAAGAAGACGAUGAUACGGAUGUGGAUGAAGAGGUGGACAGCGAAGAGGAGGAGCUUCGAGAGGUGCAAAUGCAACUGCGCAACAUGAGCCGUCAACAAUCGCUUGCCCGUUCUUGUCAACCAUCGCCACUCUCGCUGCAACAGUCGCAACCCGCGUCGCCGCUUCCCAUACAGCGUGACUCUCGAUCACCAACGCUCAUCGCAUCAAGUGGAACAGCUUCACCAGUACCGAUUGCGAUUGUGGGCGGAGAUGGGAAAAGGAUGAAGAUUGAAGAGGAUGAUUCGUGUUAUGUUUCGGUCGAGGAACUCAUUCGCAAGGAAAAUGAAGAAGCGGCUCAUCUCUCCGUUUCCAGCUCAAAUGGCUUCAUUGAA